UGUCCCAUUUCCGGUCCGUCAGUCUUGUCACUGUAUUUAAUACCGCCUUGAUGAGCUGCACCGCGAAUGGAGGGGCUCUGAAUUAGACUUCAAUUUCAACCAUUUAAUAGUGGAGAUUUAUAAAAGAUGGAGAAAUAAUAACGCGUUUUGAAUAUAAGUUCAACACAAUUUGGAGGACAGGAGGCUAAUGACUGAUAACCUUUGCUGAUCAUAGCAUGAAUCAGUAUCAACAGCAGCCUGGCCGCUCCAACCUGUACAGCGCUGUGAAAACUGAAAGCUCACCAACUCCACCCCUCGCCACCAGCAUGGCCAAUAGCACUGCAGUUCCGGGGAAAGGCCUGGGAACCCCAGGGCCUGCUGGGAGGGUGAGUCCUGAGGGAACUCAGGUGCUCAGCAAGAAGAAACUUCAGGACCUUGUGCGUGAAAUUGACCCCAACGAGCAGCUUGAUGAAGAUGUUGAGGAGAUGUUGCUGCAGGUUGCUGAUGAUUUCAUAGAGAGUGUUGUGACUGCCGCCUGUCAGCUCGCCCGUCACCGCAAAUCCAACACUCUAGAAGUAAAGGAUGUGCAGUUGCACCUUGAGCGUCAGUGGAACAUGUGGAUCCCUGGCUUUGGCUCCGAUGAAAUCCGACCAUACAAAAAGGCGUGCACUACAGAAGCACACAAACAGAGAAUGGCACUGAUCCGCAAGACGACCAAAAAAUAGGAAGAAUGCAGGAGACCGUCAUAUCUUUCUCUCUCCUUUUCUUUUUUUUAAUUGGCUCUGUGGGUUUUUGUCUCUUAAGAUUUUUUUUGUGUUGAAAAGCAGCCUGAUGGAAGCACUGUUAUUAGGCAACUGCUUCUAAUGUUUUACCUUUACACAUGUCAGAAUCAGUUUCCAAAUCUGUUGUUAUUUGUGUUCUGUUUUUGUAUGAUUUGAUAAACUAUACUGUUCUAGGCCAGAAUAUUGUAAUGAAUCUCAAAUGCUGCAUAAAAACGUGAUGAUUGGAUCAUCUCA